AUGUGUUACCAACCAGCAUCUCAAUUAGCUUUUCUACCAAUGGAUGAGGAUUGUUUGAACCUGAACGUUUACACUCCGGUAAAGCCAGGAAGCAAUGAAAAAUUGCCAGUUCUUCUGUCGAUUCAUGGUGGAGCAUACAAAACUGGAAGUGGAGCCUUCAGUUAUUUUGGACCAAAAUACCAGAUAGACUAUGGAAUAGUAAUCGUAACAAUCAAUUACCGUCUUUCGGCUUUCGGUUUUUUGGGAACAGAAGAUGGUGUGAUACCUUCUAACGUGGGGUUAGAAGACCAAAGGCUCGCUAUGAAAUGGGUGAAGAAAAACAUUGAACAAUUCGGUGGUGACAGUAAUCAUGUUGUAAUAGCUGGAGAAAGUGCAGGAUCUGCUUCAGUUGGGGAACAUCUUUUAGGUUCUUGGAAUGGUGAAGAGCCGCUAUUUCAUGGUGCAAUUAUGCAAAGCGGUUCUCCUCUUGCUCGUUGGACGUCGCCAAGAAAUUUAACACAAAUUGCGGUAAAUUUGGCGCAGAACAUUGAUCCGAGUUUUUCGCCUAAAAAUACCACUGACUUGUUAAAAUUUUUGCAAAAAGUGGACCCUCAAGAUAUAGCAAAUAACCCUAUUAAUGAUUUGAGCCUCGAUGUACCAGGACCCGUCGGAAACCUUCAAAUGUUGUUGCAAGGAGAUUACAAAAACGUGCCGGUGUUAAUUGGAUUUAAUUCGGAAGAAUCAUUAUUCUUUAGGAGUAUGUAUAAUAAAAGUUAUAUAGAAUAUUACGAUAAUGAACCAAUUUUGACGAGCAUGAACAUGUCGCCUACCAACAGAACUAUUGCAGGAAAAAAAUUAAAAGAAGUUUACACGGAUAAAAAAUUCGCAGAUGAUUUUGGAGCGUUUUUACAAUAUCAAACUGACGUGUUUUUUACAAAUUCAAUAUUUAAAACUGCAGAAAUUGGAUGUCGCAAUAAUUCUUACUACUUGUAUGAAUUUUCGUACAAAGGAAAAUUAGGAGGAUCGAUGGAUGUUCCACAUUACAAUAAAGCCGGUUUAGUUAUGCACGCAGAAGAUCUUCCUUACAUGUGGGAACAAGCGGGAAGAAACAGUGACUUGAGCAAAUUUCCGGAUGCUGAUCUGUUAACAAUGCACCGAAUCCUUAAAAUGUGGACCAAUUUUGUUAAACAUUUCAAUCCAACUCCAAAGCCUGAUCCACUUCUAGGUAAUGUGACUUGGCAACCAACUGAACCUUCAAGUUUAAGAUAUUUAAAUAUUAAUUCCACGUUACAAAUGCAUACUAACCCGAGAGCGUACAAGAAAACAAAGGAAAUUUUGGAAAGUUACAUGGAAACCCCUUUCAAUUUUUUUGAUUAA